AUGGCUCUCACAAAGGCGCUCCCCCAGUUGCUCGUCAUACGUGCUGGUCAUUGCGCUUCCCUGUGUGCGACGCUCGCCCUGAUGGAGAACCUGCUGUCGGAUGAACAAGUCAAUCCGUAUGCUCCCGCUCAAUGGGAUGGUAGCAAGCAACUCAAGAAGGGGUUGAUCGACAAAUAUUCAGCCUUCUUGCACGAUUUUCUCUCCGAGUUGCCCGUACUCGCGAACCUCGUCCUGGCUGUCCACACAACUCUGGAGAUCGUGUUGCGGGCCUGGGAGCACAUGCGAGGCAGCACGACCAGCCGCGAACUUGAUAAAUUGUGCUGA